AUGAAAAUCUCGAAUUUAACUGACCACAUCGAAUUCCAAGAGUAUAGUGUUGAUAUUCCAUCUCAAACAGGUGAACCAAUUAUUACAAUUAAAAGACAAGAGACAUGUCUAGUUUUAGCCGAGAACCAGCGUAUUAUACAAACUUUUUUUGUGAAAGUUCUUAACAAAGUUAGAGCAGACUCAUCUACGAAUUCAAUUUUGAUUAAUUGUGAGGGGCAAGAAUACUUUCCACGACGUGAAUUCCAGAAUUCAGAGUCCAUCACUACUGAAAUAAAUGUCCGUACAGUUCAAGAUCUAAUUUCUGCGCUUGAAAACAUACUUGCCUGUACUAGCGAUGCGAUAAUGAACAUGGAACGAGAAUUACGAGCUAUAUUGAUCUCGAACAUUUCGUCCUUUUAUUGGACUUUACACUUAUUGAAUGACGAGAAUUAUCAGAAUCUAGGUUUUAAAACGUACAUCCCACCUUCAAAUAUAUACUUGAGACUAUCGCAUCUUUUCAAACACAUUGCUAGAAAAUAUCAUUGCACAGUGAUUGUUUUCGGAUUCGAUUUUCAUUUUGAUUGCGGACUUUCUGCCGAUAAAUAUUGCCCACAAUCAGACCUUCAAAAAUUGAGUAAACUACCGUCACUGUUUUUGAGUUCAUUUACUCAUAUUGUUCAUAAAGGUAGAGUCACAGAGGAAAGAUUUUAUAGAGAAUUACAGAAGUGGAGGUGA